UACUAGAAAAGUAGCGUUCGUUUGUUGAUCUCCUUUAUUGAAAACAGAUUGACCCGUCUUCAAUUUUAUCGAUUAUUAACGUUUACAAAUACCUACAGUUGUAUUACAAAAGUACUUUGAAAUGUUUUGGCAAAGUUUAGAGGUAAUUUUUUUAGAUAUUUUGUCGUGACUUUGUGCAAAUUGGACGAUGCUUUUUCUGGUACAACGGCGCCAAAUAAAUGGACAAUUUGGAUAUAUAUGGACGGAAUUAAUCGAACAAAAGGACCAUUUGUGAUGUUUAUGGGACAUAUUGGAGUGCCAACAAAAGAAUCUCGUCAAAGCCUUCAUCUCCUCUGAGGACCCAGUGAGGCUGGAGCUCAAUCAGAGAGCUGUUGAGGGACUGGUUAGGAAGAACACUUCUACAGACAGUGAGUGUGGGAGUACUGGACUUUCACCCAUAGAACCUCGGCGGUAGACCAAAAAAAAUGCAGAGGACUGGUGGCUCGGUUAGUAAACGUCUCAGGAUGAGGAAGAGGACCGGUGACCAUGAUUCCAAGGAGCAGAAGACUGACAGAAAUAAAACUAGGGUGUCAUCGAGUGCGCAGCCGAGACCUAGCCCACAUUUGUUGUGGUGGUUCAAAAGAGGUCUCCUGGCUGUAUGUGUCAUUUAUGUUUCUGUGACUUUCAUGAUGCCACUGUUUCCUGACAUCAUAAAGCACCUGGUUUAUUCUCACAGAGUCAGGGUCCCAUUCUUCGUCGACCAUAGCCAGCCAGCCGACCUGUCUCUUAACCACACAAUGAACAUGUACCUUACAUCCGAACAAGGGAUCUCAUUGGGCGUAUGGCACACAGUCCCUGAAAGUCAGUGGAAAGAGGCACAGGGAAAGGACUUGGAAUGGUACCAAGAUUCUUUGAGAGCUGGAAAUCCGAUCAUCAUUUAUCUCCAUGGCAAUGGAGGCACAAGGGCAGCAAGUCACCGCGUGGGAGUAAUAAAUCUGCUGAGUGCAAUGGAUUACCAUGUUUUGGCUUUGGACUACAGAGGUUUUGGGGACUCCACCGGAGAGCCCACUGAAGUUGGUAUAACCACUGACACCCUCUACUUGCACCAGUGGGUAAAAGCCCGCUGUGGGAGCAGUCUGGUGGUAUUAUGGGGACACUCCCUUGGCACUGGAGUGGCCACUAAUACUGCAGUCAAACUAAUGGAACAUGGGAUUGUUGUUGAUGGUGUGAUCAUUGAGGGAGCAUACACCAACAUUCGACAGAAGGUUGCUCAUGAUCCGUUUGGCUGGUUUUAUUGGAAGUUCCCAGGUUUUGAGUACUUUUUCCUGGACACAAUGGCAGAAAACAAUAUAAUCUUCCGUAAUGAUGAAAACUUGAAGAGGAUGAGGAGUCCUCUUCUGAUACUUCAUGCAGAGGAUGACCACUUAGUGCCUAUCCACAUAGCUCAGCAGCUCUAUGAAAUUGCACAGAGCGCCCAAAACUCAGAGAAUCGAGUUAAGAUGGUACCGUUCGCCAGAUCCCUUGGGUACCUUCACAAUGGAUUGUACAAAGACCCUCACCUGCCCAACAUUAUUGGGGAAUUUGUACAUUCAUUGCCCCCCUAAUCCAGUGACCUAUGCAGAAGAACCUUUGGACAUCAAUUGUUUCAACAUAUCUAGAGAACUGCAAAACCUAGAUGCACAGUUUGCACGUGUCUCUUUACCUUAUGGCAAAUCAGUAGGGUGGACUUCAAUCACAUGGUCCAAUCAUUGAUCUAAUAUCAGAUAGUAAUGCAUUGGACUUACUACAUUGCUAGUAAUUGCUAGUAACAUUGCUAGUAAUGUAAAGCACUUACUUAGCUGAAAGGACUGAGAAAAAAAGAGAAUCUAUGAGGUUCAACUCUGGGUUUAGCACUUACUGAGAUGUCCAAUGCAUUAUUAUCUAGCUAUAGUCUUAGUCUAUGUGCAAAUUACAGAACUUUUGAGAUGGAGGCAAUGAAUUGGUUUCCUUUCUAUGAAUUAUAAACGUGAAAAAUUAUGAUUAAUCAAUGUUUAAAGUGUUCAAGAUUAGGUGAAUUCUUAGUAGGGAUUACAGAAAAGUUACUGUUGUAAAUGCUUUUCUUUUUGGCAAGUAUUACAUUACAAAUAAAACCUGAUCAACGUUCA